AUGGACGUGAAGCUAGGCUACUACAACACACCACCCAACAUGUCCGGACGGCUUGCCUACCGGAAGAAGUCCCUCUGGCCACUCAGCCUGCUGGGCAUCUACCUCAUCUACACCAUUUGGGGCUACACGCGCUUGCCCCACGCCCCGAGGUUUGUUCCCCAGCAAGCUCCGGUGGUUGCCGAGGAGAAGAAGCUGGUGCCUUUGGAGGCGCACAUCAUGAGCAAAUGCCCUGAUGCAAGGGACUGCUUGAGGGACCUGGUGCUCCCGACCAUGAUGAAGACCCAUAACAAGGUCAACUUCACCCUUUCCUUCAUCGGCACACCGACCGAGAACGACGGAAUAGCUUGCAAGCAUGGCCCAUCCGAGUGCAUGGGCAACAUUCUCGAGCUUUGCGCCGCCCACCUCUACCCCGACCCCAAGAUCAACCUUGGCUUCACCAUGUGCCUGACCCGCGAGUACCAGGCCAUCCCCGAGCGGUCGCUGGUUGAGGACUGCGCCCUGGAGCACGCCAUCGAUAUCAAGGAGUUGAACGACUGUGCUACACAGGACGGCGACGCUCCGGGUCUCGGCCUGCUGCGUGACAGCGUGCGGAGAAGCACGGAUGUGAGUUUGGUCCUCCAUCCCAAUCGGUUACUUUGUUAUUUCCAAGGGCAAACCUCAUACUAA